GUAGUAUUAUCGACCAUCUUGGUGGUGAAUAAUGAACUGUUAGAAGUAUCAACGCAGAUGAACUGUUAGAUAUAUGGUUUCGAUUUUGACCGAAUGAAAUGGAUUUACUUACUGAUUUUUAGUGGGGGGUGUAAUAUUUCUGUUGUUUAUUUUGUACCCCUUCUAUAGUGCAGUUAAAAUUGAUAUUUUUACUUCUGCAAUUCGGCAAUUCCAAUUCUGUCUAUUGUAUUGCUUUGCAGUGAAUUCGCCAUCGCCUAUCACCAUCUGACUUAGUUCAACUUUCUCAGUCUCCCUUAUGCGUACUGCCUCUUUAGUCAACUAUUGUGGAUUUCGGUUUCUUCGAAGCUGCAUCACCGGUCUUCUUCAGUCCAGCUUUCGCAUAUUAACUUUAAUGGAUUCAUGCAAAAACCCAACCUCUUCUUUCCACGGUAGAGGGAGAGGAUUUAAUGCAAUGGGUGACAGUGAAAGGUCAAGCAGUCUUGGUGGUGGCUCUGGAAAAGAUAAAAUUGAUGCUCUUGGUCGAUUACUAGCUCGAAUUCUUCGUCACAUGGCUUCAGAGCUAAAUUUGAAUAUGAGGAGCGAUGGGUUUGUCAAGGUCCAAGAUCUAUUGAAACUACAUCUAAAAACAUUUGCCAAUAUUCCAUUGAGGUUGCACACAGUUGAUGAUAUCAAAGGGGCAGUCAGAAAAGAUAACAAACAAAGGUUUAGCUUGUUAGAAGAAAGUGGAGAGCUUUGGGUACGUGCAAACCAAGGGCACUCGAUAGAGAUGGUUGAAACAGAAAGCUUAUUGAAACCAAUCAUUUCAGCUGAAGAAGUGCCAGUUUGUGUGCAUGGGGCCUACAAGAAGGAUUUGCAAUCGAUUUUAGAUCAAGGUCUCAAACGCAUGAGAAGAUUACAUGUACACUUCUCAUGUGGCUUACCAACCGAUGGUGGUGUAAUUAGUGGGAUGAGGCGAGAUGUCAAUAUGCUCAUCUUUCUGGAUGUCAAAAAAGCAUUGGAAGAAGGAAUGAAGCUUUACAUCUCUGAAAACAAAGUCAUCUUGACUGAAGGUUUUGAUGGAGUAGUGCCGGUGAAGUAUUUUCAGAAAAUAGAAUCAUGGCCAGACAGAGAAUCGAUCUCAUUUCGUGCCUUUUAGUCUUUGAUGAUACCCAUGUUUUGCCAUAUUUGUUACAAUUCUAAUCAUUUUUUUACAUUAUGUUUCUACCGUCUCUGUGAAAUCGCUAAAGAGAUAACGUUAACAAAUUGAAAUGCAAAUACGUAACAUUGUAUCAUCAAAUUAUCCUCAUGCUAGGACUUUCCUGGCAUACGUAUUGGUUUACAACUCCCAUCUCGGAAA